AAACUAUGCUAGGCAUUAGAUAAAUUAUUAGAAUUAAUUGGGUGUUAGAGCAAUAAAUACUAAACGCGCGCAAACGAAUUGCAAAAUAGACGGCCGCAUUUUCUAAUUUAAUUGUAAAUAUAUAUUCGAUAUAUUUAUAUAUAUAUAACCAAGCGAGGCGGGCAGCGCCAGCAUGGGACCAAUCCGACGCUAGACAGAGAUAGACACAGCAACAACAUGGACUACGCCAAGGUGGACCCGAUCAUCAAUACGGGCAACAUAAGCACCGAUGACUUUCUGGCGGUAUUCACAAGCGCUGUCCCAACCACAACAACAACAACAUCGCCGCUGCCAAAUGGACAACCAGGUGGCACACUCAAUCCGCCGCUGGUGACCGUCGACGGGCUGCUCGACCUGACGCCGUCAGUGAAUGACACGAUCUAUCUGCUGAACGGCAGCUUGUACAACAGCAGCCUGCAGCUGGCGGGCAGCUAUUACAAUCAGACGCCGGCCAAUCUGAGCCUGGGUCUGCUGGGCAACGGCAGCAAUGCGACGGAGCUGCACUGGGAUGGCAGGUAUCCGAGCGGAUAUACGCUGACGCACAUUGUGAUCGCCUCGAUCAUUGUGACCAUACUGAUGAUCAUCAUUGUGGUGGGCAAUAUGCUGGUGAUCAUUGCCAUUGCCACGGAGAAGUCGCUGAAGAACAUACAGAAUUGGUUCAUUGCAUCGCUGGCCGUGGCCGACUUCUUUCUGGGGCUCAUCAUAAUGCCCUUCUCGCUGGCCAACGAGCUGAUGGGCUACUGGAUCUUCGGCAGCUGGUGGUGUGACAUACACUCGGCCAUGGACGUGCUGCUCUGCACCGCGUCCAUUAUGAAUCUGUGCCUCAUCUCGCUGGAUCGCUACUGGAGCAUCACCAAGGCCGUUGACUAUCUGAAAUCGCGCACACCCGCCCGUGCCGCUGUCAUGAUCACCGCGGUGUGGAUUAUGUCGGCACUGAUAUGCAUUCCGCCGCUGCUCGGCUGGAAGGUCAAGAUGCCCGAGGGUCCGCUGCCAAAGUGCGAGCUAAGCGAGGACAUUGGCUACGUGCUCUACUCAGCGCUGGGCUCCUUCUAUAUACCCAGCUGCAUCAUGGUCUUUGUGUACAUACGAAUUUACUUUGCCGCCAAGGCGCGGGCAAGACGGGGCAUUAAAAAACAUCCGCGCAAAACAAACAACGAACAGGUAACGAGCUUCACCACCGCCAACAACAAGAAAGGAACAAUACCGAUGCCAUCCUCCAGCGCCGCCGGAGCGCAGCUGCAGCUGCAUCAGCAGCGACAGAUAGCCACCAUUGAGACCCCACCGAAUAGCGCGACAAUGCCCAUGCAAAUACCGACGGUCACCAUGGACCUGGCCUCCGACAUAUCCACCUCGGAGGCGGGCGAGCUGGAGGCCGUGGCCGCCCAGGCGGCGCUGGCCUAUGCCAAUCCCAAUGGCGGCUCCAGUUCAGCCGCGGCACUGGAUGGCCUGACGCCCUGUUCGCCCAAGGAAACGCUGCAGGUCAGCACAAUUGCAACGGGCCGCGGCGUUGGGCUUAAUGUGCCCGUGCCGCCUUCGAUGGGCAGCAACAACUCGAUCAAUGUGCUGAACAACAACAACGGCUGCGUGGCCACAGAUGCCGUUGGAGCCACGCAGCCGGUAGCCAAUAGCAACAGCAACAGCAACAGUGGGGCAGCUGGCGGUGCGGCGAGCAGCAAUGAGCUGCACGUCUCGCCCAUUGCCGGACGCUGUCGUGCCCUAUCCGUGGGCAUUGAUACGGACAUGGUGAGUGAAUUCGAUCCUUCCAGCUCGGAUUCGGGCGUGGUCAGCCGCUGUGCGGUAGUCAAGCCGCUCAAAUUUCGCCUUUGCCAGCCCAUCUUUGGACGCAAAUCGAAUCAGCAGCGCCGCAACGAGGCCAAGGCAGCCGCCGUUGCGGCCAAGAACAAUGCAGCCGCCGUUGCGGCCAAGGCCAAGGAGCUAACGGCCAAAGCCGAACUCGAACCGGCCAUACCGAAAACGCCAAAGCCCCGCGAUCCCGAGAAGGAGAAGCGACGCAUUGCACGCAAAAAGGAGAAACGCGCCACACUAAUCUUAGGCCUAAUCAUGGGCAGCUUCAUCGCCUGCUGGUUGCCCUUCUUCUUUCUGUAUAUACUGGUGCCGGCGUGUAGCAGCCAUUGCAAUAUACCGGAGUCGGCGUUCGCGAUUGCCUUCUGGCUGGGCUAUAUGAAUUCGGCACUAAAUCCGGCCAUCUAUACCAUCUUCAACAAGGACUUCCGACGCGCCUUUCGGCGCAUCCUGUUCAAGUGAUGUUUGGCCUACGUGUGCUGCUACAAGUGCGUCUAUGCCAGCAUCGAGAAGGCCACAGAACGCGCAAUGGGCAGCACACCCAUGGG